AUGCCUCUGCUGAACAAGACCAAGACUAUGGAGUCUACCUUUUCCACUUCGAUAUUCUCUCCAUUGCGUCUUUCGCGGACUAUCACGCUUGUCCAAGGUCGUGAUAACCCCCAGGCGGACAGGGAACUCCCAUCGGGCGCAAACUCCAUUCCUCUUGCAGCUUAUGCAUUCAUGAGUGGUUAUCUCAACGCCGUGACGUUCACGACGUGCGCCAUCUGGUGUGGAUUCAUGACUGGUAACUCGGUCAUGCUCGGCCUUGCUCUUUCGCGUGUUUCCCUCGGUCAACGACGAGAGAACGCGUUUGCCAUCAAUGAUGCUCAAGCGACGACCGCGCUUAUCACUUUUGUGCUUGGGAUCGCCCUCGCACGCGUCGGGGAUUUUAGCUUUUGGGCCGGUUCCAAGCCAAUCAAUCAAACCACACCUGUCAAUCAAGAUCCCGAAAAGGGUGUCGAGGGUCCCGAACCUGAACAACGCCCAGCAGAGACAUCGGGGCAACUCGAUGUGCCCCGGUCGAGCUGCGACUGGGCUGAUUCCGGUGCUCCCACACGCGUUGGCACGCCCGUUCCCUUUGCCAAGGGACCCAAACUCGUUGUUCCUUCUGCGCCUAUCGCUGGUCCAUCGUCUACUCCCGAACGCAGCCCAACCGAUACGAUAGGAGCCAAUAUCAACCAACCUCCGGUCGUCAAGAUCGACGAUUCCCAAGUAUCCAAACCUGAAACACCCAUCACCCCCGCUCCACCCAGUGCACCCGCCCGCACCCGCCUCUGGCUCGUCGUGGGCACCUUGUUCCAAGCACUUCUUCUCGUCGGGGCCGCCGUGGCAGCAAUGCACGACCCUACGCGCAGGUCCUCGCUCGCCACGGGCGCCAUGACCAAUCCGCGAGCCCCCGCGAACGCGCCCUGGUCUAGCGUCUACGGAUUUACGGCACUCGGCUUGAUGAGUCUUAGCAUGGGUUUCCAAGGUGUCAUGGCCCAUCGCAUGGGGUCCGGGUUCGGCGCCACCGUUGUCCUCAGUUCGCUUUGGGUUGAACUUGUUGGGUCGCCGGGCGGGAUCCGGUGGAGGGAGUACCGGGGUGUACGUGUGUACACUAUUCUGCUCUUUAUCGCUGGAGGUCUAGUUGGUGCAGUUCUUCGAGAUGUGGGUGUCCUCGGGGUGCCGAAUUCGAUCUUUGUUGGGGCGGGUAUGCGUGUCGCUAUCGCUUUGUCUUGGCUCUUGGUCAAGGGGCCCCGACAAGGCCGUUUCUAG